CCUGCGCAGUGAGUGGCGCUGAGGCUCCGCCCCCCGGUGUUGGUGUGAGUGAUCCGGGUGAGCGAUCUGAACGGCAGCCGCCAUCAUGUUAAUCACCGUGUACUGCGUCCGCCGCGACCUGACGGAGAUCACAUUCUCCCUGGAGGUGGAUCAGGAAUUCGAACUAGAAAAUUUCCGAGCCCUGUGCGAGCUGGAGAGCGGCAUCCCGGCCGCCGAGUCCAUGAUUCUCUACGCAGAGCAGCUGCUUACCGACAACCAGCGAUCACUCUCCUCUUACGGGUUAAAGGAUGGCGACGUGGUGGUCCUGCGCCAGAAAGAUCCAGCUGAAUCUCGACCUACUCCAGCGUUUCCUGGUUUGCCGCAAAUAGACUUCAGUAGUAUUGCUGUUCCCGGGACCUCCAGGCCGCCUGCGGCCCCUCCUCAGCCCCGGGCCCAGGCUCCAGAUUCCACUUCUUUUCCUCAGGGGCUGGAUAACCCUGCUUUGCUGCGGGAGAUGCUGCUGGCCAAUCCCCACGAGCUGUCACUGCUGAAAGAGCGGAACCCACCCCUGGCGGAGGCGCUACUGAGCGGCGACCUGGAAAAAUUCACUAAAGUUCUUCUGGAACAACAGCAGGAAAGAGCCCGGCGGGAGCAGGAGAGGAUCCGACUCUUCUCCGCCGACCCGUUUGACCUGGAAGCUCAGGCUAAAAUAGAGGAAGAAAUAAGGCAGCAGAACAUUGAGGAGAACAUGACCAUCGCUAUGGAGGAAGCUCCGGAGAGCUUUGGCCAGGUGGUGAUGCUAUACAUUAACUGCAAGGUCAAUGGUUACCCAGUGAAGGCCUUCGUAGACUCAGGAGCUCAGAUGACUAUAAUGAGCCAGGCCUGUGCCGAGCGCUGCCAUAUCAUGAGGCUGGUGGACAGGAGGUGGGCCGGCAUCGCCAAGGGGGUCGGCACACAAAAGAUCAUCGGUCGAGUUCAUCUUGCUCAGGUGCAGAUUGAGGGAGACUUCUUGCCCUGCUCAUUCUCUAUACUGGAGGAACAGCCAAUGGACAUGCUGCUUGGUCUGGACAUGUUGAAGCGACAUCAGUGCUCCAUUGACCUGGAGAAGAAUGUCUUGGUCAUUGGCACGACAGGCACACGGACUAGCUUCCUGCCCGAGGGUGAGCUUCCGGAGUGUGCCCGAUUAGCAUACGGCCCAGGAACAGAAGACAUACGCCCUGAGGACAUUGCAGACCAGGAGUUAGCAGAAGUAUUGCAGAAGUCUGCUGAGGAAGCAGACAAAGAAUCUACCUCAGAGGCAGGUCCGUCACUAGUUCCACCGAUGGAUGGAUCUACCCACCCUGUCCACAAUUCAGACAACGUCCCCAGUGCUCAUCAAGCGUCCACCCCACUCUCUGCCACAGAAAGCAGAGACGUUCCCAGAGAAGAUGUUGCCUGCACUAGCGGGUCCCAUACAGGAGGCAGUGAGCAAGUGGGUCACACAUCCAAUUUAUUAGGAUCUGCAGUCGCUGUUGACCAACCUGGAGUAGAGUCUUCAGCUUCUCUGACAUCUGUUGCUGAUGGAGAUUCAGGACUCGUGCUAGCUACUGCUGUUAAGUCUGCAGUUACCACCAUUCCUAAUGCUGGCUCGGAGGUUUACAAGGAAUCUGGGUGUGAGCCUCAUGUAGAAAACGCACCUCCUCCUUCCACGUUGACCCCAGUGGAAGACGGAGUACAAGAAAUGACGCAGGUUCCUUGUGCCAUGACUGAAGACAUGAUGGAACUUGGCACAGAGGUAAUUCCUGAUCUUGAUGGUUGCAGACCCCAGAUAAAUAUCACGGUCCAGGAUCCUGAGUGCCAACAUGUGUUCCGCAAUGACCCUCCCACUAAUCUGGAGGAGUCUGUGGAUGUGGACAAUGCGACCAAGCAUGAUUGCCCAAAGCCACCAAGCACCUCUGUCCAGGAUGGAGAUGAAAGCUGUUUCUCCUUGGCCACUGCCUUGAAAGAACUCCAUAAGUUACUGAUCAUCAGUGGUCAAGGAUCUGCUUGGGCUAGAGAUGAUGAUGGAGCUUUGGGUGCUGAGGCUGGUCACUCGGAUGAUGUUCAGGGCAGUCAUCAGGAAUCGUGCCAAAAUGGAGAAGUGGACAACGACCUUCAUCAGGAGACAGGAAUGAGUGGACAAGUCGCUGACGAGAUGCCUCGGUGUAUUGAGGCAGACUCCUUACAGGUAUCCUCAAGAAAUGACUAUUCUAGCGACUGCAUGGAGUCAUCUGAUGAUGUAUCUGCUCCUGAUCAGCCCCUGCCUGGUACUGUGCUGAGUCAAGACGCAGACACUGGUGCGAUGCAUAACUCCGGUGACCGAGAAGCGGAGGAAGAACAAGUCCUAGAACUAAGCCGUGAAUCUGAGGGAGCGGUCUGUGAAUGGAGCUCAUCUAUGACGCCAUCAGAUCCCCCUUCACAUUCUGCUGUAGAGCGCAUUGUGAGUGCAGGGUUCACCAUGCAGGAUGCCCUUGUCGCCCUGGAAAGAGCUGAUGGGAACGUGGAGAUGGCGCUGCUCGCUUUGCUUGCUAAGAAUAUUGUUGUCCCCUCCUAAUUUAUUGCAUUUAUACCACCAGUGGACUGCGUAGAAGAACUUGCCUCUUGUCCUCCAAGCGCAGAAGAUAGGCAGGACCUGUGGCUGGCGGACUGCUACCCUGUCUUGUCUCUGCAGUCAAGUGGUUGCCCCAAAUGUCCUCCUGUGGGCGAGAUCUAGACAGGACUGUCUGCAACAGUGUCGCUGAGGUCGUGAUGUGCCUCCCAAAGCCAUGAAAGCAAUUGUUUGUUUUAAACCAGGGAUCUCUUAGGCUGUGUCUGUGCUGUUGAGAUCAGACUUUCUAGAAAUCCGAGAGCCAUAAUGAAUGCAUUUUUCUAUCCUC